AGUUGCUGGGAGCAGCUCAGAGAAAAGGUGCUGAGACCGGUCCCUCCUCCCAGGGAGGAAGGAGGGUGAGAGGAGCAAGCCUGCUGAAGCUCCCACGCUCUGAAAUGUGAUCCCACCACAGGCACCUCCCUGGGCCCCACCUCGCCCUCUCUGACAUAUAUAUGUCACUGGCCUUGGCCCACACGGGGGACGCGGGCUGACACGGUGUGCCAGGCCCCUGGGGAUCCCUGUGGAUGGAGCGGCCGAGGCACCAGGGAAUGGCAAAGAACACGUACAUGCGCUGGCGGCUCCCGCUUGUCUGCCUCCUCUGGGAGGUGGCCAUGAUCGUCCUCUUUGGGGUCUUCGUGCGCUUCAGCCCUGAAGCUGAUGCGCACUGGGAAGAAGAGAAGCGAGAGAUGAACCUGACCAGCGACAUAGAGAACGAUUUCUAUUUCCGAUACCCAUCUUUCCAGGACGUCCACGUGAUGAUCUUCGUGGGCUUUGGCUUCCUCAUGACGUUCCUCAAGCGUUACGGAUUCGGAGCCGUGGGUUUCAAUUUCCUCCUUGCUGCCUUUGGGAUCCAGUGGGCUCUUCUGAUGCAAGGCUGGUUCCACUCUUUCAAGAGUGGGAAGAUCCUCAUUGGAGUAGAGAACCUGAUCAAUGCUGAUUUCUGUGUGGGCUCUGUGUGCAUUGCCUUUGGGGCCAUCCUGGGCAAAACCAGCCCCAUACAGCUCCUUGUAAUGACUUUGUUUCAAGUCACGCUCUUCGCGGUGAAUGAGUACAUCCUCCUCAACCUGCUUCACGUUAAGGAUGCAGGUGGCUCCAUGACCAUUCACACCUUCGGAGCCUACUUUGGCCUCACGGUGACACGUAUCCUGUACAGACCCAACCUGGAGCAGUGUAAGGACAAGCAGGGCUCCGUGUACCACUCCGACCUCUUCGCUAUGAUUGGUACUCUGUAUCUAUGGAUGUACUGGCCCAGUUUUAACUCAGCAAUUUCUGAUCACGGGGAUGCCCAGCACCGGGCUGCCAUUAACACAUACUGCUCCCUGGCUGCUUGUGUCCUCACCACGAUGGCCUUCUCCAGCAUGCUGCAGAAGAAAGGCAAGCUUGACAUGGUCCACAUCCAGAACGCAACGCUGGCUGGUGGCGUGGCUGUGGGCACCAGCGCGGAGAUGAUGCUGACUCCAUACGGCUCCCUCAUUGUCGGGUUCAUCUGUGGCAUCGUGUCCACAGUGGGGUAUGUCUACCUCACGCCUUUUUUGGAGUCCAGGUUGCACAUCCAGGAUACAUGUGGCAUCCACAACCUCCACGCCAUGCCGGGCCUUAUUGGGGGCAUUGUGGGGGCCAUCACUGCAGCUGCAGCCACAGAGGAUGUAUAUGGAAAGGAAGGGUUCAUCAAGGCCUUUGACUUCACUGGCGCGUACCAGACGCGGACACCCAGUGUCCAAGGAGGGUUCCAGGCAGCUGGCAUUGUGGUGUCUCUGCUGAUUGCUUUUGCCGGAGGGGCCCUUGUGGGGGCCAUCCUCAAGCUGCCCGUCUGGGGGGACGCCGCCGCCGAGAACUGCUUUGAGGACGACAUUUACUGGGAGGUGCCGGAGGACGAGGAGAGCGACGCGUACCACAUGCACAACCCCGACAAGCCCGCCUCGCCCUGACCAGCCCACAGCCCCCCGCCGCCCCCCGCCUCGGGAGCUUCCUCCUCAGGGGGGCGGCGGGGCUGCCCGCCAUCUUCCCGCCGGCGGGGCUGCCCCCGCCGCCUCUUCCCCCGCCACCACAGGACCCCGGGCCCCGCUCCUGGAGGGGGUGAAGGCUCGUUUUCUCCCCGUGACGACGAGGCACCCUGCCUGGCCCUUCUCUGCCGCUUUUGUAACGAGCUGUUGUGAAUAAAAUAAAAACGUGUUCUUCUUUCCA